AUGUAUAGGACAAUGGCUGCGAGUGCUCUCGAAGGUAUCCGGAUGUACCCUGGUAGGGUUCAGGAAAGUAUCAGGGAAUUGGAUCAGUGCCAGUCCAGUCGGGAACUACUCAUCGCAUCCCUAUUGGCACUCAUUUUUUCGCACCGAAAAUGUCAAGUGAUUGACAAGGAAACUGUGGCUCAAUUAGAGGCCAAAUUACGAGAGAACCGGAAGCAGGCAAAUGAAAUGGGUUUAUACUAUGCCGGACUUUUCCUCCUGUUGUCGGGACGUCUGGAAAAGGCGAAGGAAUACAUCGACCGUAUGAUUAAAAUGUCGCCUAAUUUUAAAGAAGGAUUAAUACUUAAGGGAUGGCUUGAGGUGCAGUCGGGCAGCGAUGAGGACAUUACAUCCAUGAAUCACUCGGCAAUGAAUUACUUUGACAUCUCAUCUAAAUUCAAUGAUCCCGAUGUAAUCAUUGGCAAGUCUAAGGUGUUGGAGAAAAACAGUUCGUUCAUCGGUGGUGUGGAGCAACUGAAUCAGGCCAUCGUAUUGUAUCCACGGUUUUUGCCCGCUUUCAUCGAGAAAAUGAAACUUCAAGCGUGUCUUAAGGACUGGGAACAAGUGGUGGACACAGCGUUUCGGGCGCUGGCUAUCGAUAAACACUGUUUGGACGCUCAGAGAUAUCUAAUUGUUUACAGUAUGGCCUGGGAUAAUAACCAAGAGGCCGCAUUCAGAAAUGAAGACAUUUUGACCCAUUCGAUGAAUUUGAUAGAAAGGGCUGUAUUUCUGGACCCGACAAACAUUGUGAUUAUCUGUGAACAUGCAUUUCAGUGCAUGUUAUUAAACCGUAUGACUGACGCCCAAAGACACUACAAGAACGCCACUAAAAUGGAUGAGACGAGUAUAAUGGGCUUAACAGGACUUCUUCACUGUCAGCUCAUUGAAGGCCAGAAAGGAGUGGAGGAACAGUUGGAUUCGCUCGAAGAGUUUAAUAAAGCCACCGGA